AUGCAGGACUUCGCAAAGUGGUUGGACACAACCUUUGAACCGGACCCGAAAACAUACUGCACCGCCUCCUGCUUGGACACUGCCGGCCCGUGCUUAGCUCGACCCUGGCAGCUAAGCUGGAGACCGGACUUUGGCUUGGCUGGAUGCAGUGAGCCGGAUCAGCUUUUGCUGCUUUCGGAGCUUAUCUUGUCGGAGUCGUACUUUGGCUCCACCAUUUCACAUCGCCUUUGUGAAGGGCUGGCGGAGAUGUUUGGCACUGUUGGGGAUCUGUCAAGCAAUCCGGGAGACUGGGAGAGUGAGACCUCUAUUUGCAAAGCCUUUGCUAUCGGCAAGACCGAGAGCAAAGCGGUCGUGCAGCUUUGCACUGGGAUGAACACUACCAUCCGCGAGAAAUUGGAGGAGGCUGUGAGGGUGAUCAAUGACUUCAAGAGAAGCCCACCGGACAUCCGAAAGCCACUGAACUACAAGGAUGCUCUUGGAAAACAUCAGGAGUUGGACACAGCUUUCUACGACCAGUUUUUGGACGCUGACCUUUUGUCGGCUUUGCAAAGCUCCGUUCCUCCGGGUGAUGUCGGGGCUAUUGGUGCGAUGAGGGCCCACCUUGUCAAGUUUAACAAAAUGCACAGCGCUGAGACGGACAAAAAGGAGGAGGAAGCAGCCCGUGAGGUGAUCGCAGCCACCUUCAAGCAGCUGAGCGCUCAGCUGGACCAUGACAUGUCCAUUCUUGAGCAGAAGGUUCUUAAGUCCAAAGCUCAAGAGGCAGCAGCUGCAGUGCAAGAUGCAAAGUUUCUCAGAGAUCGGCAGCAGUACACUGUGGUGGGCUUGGACACAACAUUGUGGCCGAGCAACGCUGCCUACUUGGGAGCUGCUGUGAAUGCCACUUGCAGCAUCGUCAACAUGUCACAGGACAACAUUUGUCACUGUCAGCUUCCCCAACUUCAGAGUUCGACCAAUGCCGCCACAGUCCUGAAGCACAAGAGGACCCUGGAGGACAACCUCAUCGGCCAAAAACUCGAUGUUGGGAACAUGGUGGUUCUCAGGUUCACCAAGCCAGAGUCGCAAAGGAAUGAUUCCAGAAAGCCAUCCCAAGCUUGCAUUGCAGCGCACAGUGCCAACUUCAAGGUAAGCAGCUUUUGCGAGUCGGACCCCAUCCGGUCAUCGACGAUUGGACCAGCUCCACUCAUCAAGACUUCCCAAAUGCUCGGCUAUGAUAUGGAGGAUGGCAGCAUGAGCGCUGGCUUGAGAACCGAGCAGAGUCUUGCCCGGCCCAAGAGCAGAUUUUGGGUUCCAAGGAAAGGGUUGCCGAUCCAUGUGGAAAUUUUGAAGUCCUACGCAAAUGGCCUUGGCUUGCGCGAUGCUGACCACUAUCUGUGGGUUGACAUCAUCCCCAACAGGCACUGUGAGUUUGCUCGUGCUGCGGCGGAGUGCAUUUUGGACAAGACCCUCCCACAGCUUCGUUACAUAGGCUUUGUGAAGAAGGAGUUCUUAGCUAAAGUGCAGGAGGCAAUCUCGGCUACUGUGUAUCAACACUGGGAUGAUAGCACGGAGUCGGGACCAAAGACCCGCCCACAGGAAGCUGAGAGCAGUGAGCCACUUGGGUUCAAGGUUCUCAGCAUGUCCGCUAAUGGUGACAUCACGUGGCCAGACUCCGUGACAACACGAUUCCCUCCAGACACCUCUGAGUUCAAGGCUCUUGACGCCAGGCGCCAGAAGUUCUUGGAGCUAUGUCCUGCGCACGGCACACCAGCCCAAGUCGGGGAGGCAAGUGUUUCAAGGUCAUCUGCGAGACCAGACUACAGCAUUGACAAUGGUGCGGAGCCUUUGGAUACAACCCGCUUGUUGGACUUGCCCGGCGUGCCAACUGCUGAGUUUACAGCCCAGAGGCUUGCGACGUGCCCUGGAAAGGGCGACCGUCCCUCUGUGGUAGUGACUACUGACUUCAAGCUUUGGAUUGGGAACGAGGGAGAUGACAUGCUGAAGGCAGUUGAUGGAGAGGAGACCAUGCCUGCACCAUUUCGGUACAACGUGCAGCCGGUUGGUGGUUCGAAGUACGACAAGGAUGCGGUCAAAGAGAUAAUCGCCUCCUACUCAGUGAUGAUGUUGGAGAAGCUAGAUGGUGGCAACAAGCCAUGUGCCAAAGUGCUUCCCAGGAAGGAGACGCUGGAUCUGAUGAUCCCACCACCACCAACCCCUGAAGAUGAGAAGGGUGGAGACCAAACGAAGGAGGGUGCCGAUGAGGCCGAUGAGCCUGAUCAGGGGGAGAAUGCGGAAGAAGAGGAGGUGGAAGAUGAUCCUGAAGAGAUCUGCUAG